AAAGAAGAUGACAAUAGUGAGAUGGCUGAUGAUAUAAUAAUCAGUGGUGAAGAAGAAUCUUUUACACAAUUUCAUGAACCCAAUUUUAAAUGUAGUAACAAUAAUACCAUUGAUUCAACAGAACAAUGA